UGAGGUUUGGCCGUGGCACCCCGCACCUGUCAAAAUGUCAAACUUCAAAGUCAACCGACCUGUUGAUCAUUGAUCAUGAUUCAUAUUAUCGUUUAUCAUAAUUGAUUUGGCAAUGUUGGGUUUGAGUGCAGUGAGAGUAAGUCUAAAAACAAACAAUGAUUUUAAGGUGUAUUGGUCUGGCGUGCAAAUCGCCGACUGGGUGUUCACAACAGCCAUCCCACUUUUUACAAAUGUCAAUGAAGAGCAAAUGGCACAUUUAAAAGAUAUCGGCAAUAAGUUUGAAACAUGUGAAUGCUUGAAAAAAUUCAACAUCUCGAUAAUCGCCCAAGAAUUUAAUAACAAUUCAUCUAAAUUAAAAAAAUAUACUAUUAAGGGUAAAAUCAAGAAUAUUUGGAAAAUUUAUGAUGUUGAAGAAGCGCUCAAAGGAUUGUUGAAAGAUCCUUCAAUAUCUUUGUCUAGUGCAAACAAUGAGGCUUGUCAUGUCUCUCUACUUGAUGGAUGUUACUUUUUAAUAAUAAAAUUGGGGACUUUAAACCUGUUGACGCUUGAUGAUGCUGUUCUGCUCCUCUACGGUGCAAGCGUGCCUACCGAUCUCAUUGAGCAAGGUCUUCCUAUUACCAUUGUCUCGACACCUUUUGGAAUUAAAAAUUUGUUCAACUCAUGGUCUUCUGGAAUUAUCAGCAAUGUUUUGGAUGAAAAAAACAAAAAAGUUCUACUUACCGAUAUAAGAUUGGCACCAUCUUGCGAAGGCUCACCUAUCUGCAGAGUUCAGAUGUCACAGGUUAAAGAUAUUGUUGGACUUGUACUUACCCCUUUGAUCAUAGAUAAUAAUGAAUAUUCAGGCUACUCACUGGGUGUACCAACUGUUGAACUAGUCAAUUCACUUUGUAAAACUAUUUUUCCUUAUAUGAGUUUUCUUUGGCUUGAUAAAGAAUUAGACAGAUUGUCUGGAAAACAAAUCGAAUGGCAGACUGUUUUGACUAAUACCGGUUUUGUUGAAAGUGUUGUAGUUGUGAGUGAUCAAACCUCAUGGGCUACUGGUGUUAUUGUAGAUCAAGGAUUAAUUAUAACAUCCGCACAUAUUGUCAAUUAUGGAAACUUGUCUAAUUCUAUUGUGGUAACAACACACGACAGCAAAAACUUUAUUGGUGAUGUCGUGUUUUCAACAUCUUCAGAUAAUGAAAUAGAUUUUGCCGUAUUAUCCUUUAACCCUACAAAGAACUCUUACAAGAAGAUUGAACUGGCAUCAACCCCUCCAAAGUUGGGAGAAAACGUUCUUGCAAUAGGAUUUUCUAUUUUACUAUCUCCAAAACCGAAUAUCAGUGUUGGAAUUAUAUCCAAUGUCGGCAAGCUCCUGACAAGUUCUUGCACCGUACAAAGUGGUAUGAGUGGAGGGGCGCUCAUUAGAAGUGAUGGUAGCCUUCUUGGCAUUAUCCAAUGCAAUUUGAAGGCCGACAACUUAUAUCCAAAUAUAAAUUUCUCAGUUCCAGUUACCUUUUUUGGACCUUCUUUAGUAUCAUACCUUGAAAGUAGAGAUGCCAGUUGUUUCUACAAGGGGAUUGAGGAAAGAGGGAAGAGUCUUCCAAAGAUACUUGGUUCAAAGCUAUGAGAUUUGAACGUAAAAUACAGGGUAAUAUUGAAAUGUAUUUCUGGAUUAAUCUCUGGUCAUACUAUAAAUUUAAGUUAUGGAUUUUAUAUUAAUUAAAUAAAAAAAAGGAUAUGCCUUAACAAUUUUAUCAUUGUUAAUUAAAUUCUAUAAUACACUCCCCAUUUUAAAAAAAACCUUGAGAUCUUUGUAUUUUUAUGAGAACAUCUAGUACAUUUGUCAUACUCAUGAAACUUUUUUGUAGAAAAUCCAAGUGGCCUGGUGGUAUGUUGACAAAACCUCAAAAACUGCUCUCAAAAGAGUUUCUUUUGAGAUUGUCCUAAAUGUUUCUGAUUGGGCUAAGGUCUGGACUUCUUUCGUGCCACCCAAUGUUCAAUCUGACUUUACCUCGACCGGCCUCAAUUUGUUGUAUAGUAUUCGCAGAGUGACUAACAUGUUGCACCUUACUUUGUUUCUCAGUUCGGCUUUGAUAAGUUGGCCCAAUCAGAUUAUUCUGCAGAUCAUUUAUUGCAGGGAUAAUAAUUUCUGCCCAGAUUGGAUGACCAAAAUGUCAGGUGUCUUUAGUAGGCUAUAUAAUGAAGAAAUAAGUAAAAGGAGGAAAUUAAAAGAAAGAAUAAACUCACCUUCUGAUGUUGUUUCAUAUCAUAAUGAGGGAUACAGGGAGGAAUAAAACGGAAGAGAGAGAAAGAUGAAGAUGGGAAAAGGAAUGGGAGACCCUUUACCUCAGCACACACAAGUUAGAGCUUCAAGGGGUGGACUUGUCACAAUGAUCAGAAGAGAAUUUAUAGAAAAAAUUCUACCUGACUAGCCUGCUGUAGUGGCAUCCUUUUCAAAUGUGAUCCCUUCUUUAACGGGUUAACCUCCUGCUCACCUACUUUGUCAUACUCUUCCAUGAAUUCUUUUCCACCAUCAUUUUCAUUUUUUAUAGUGUACUUCUUAAUUUUCGAUCCCAUGAAUAUUGAUGUGUUGAUUGUCCACGCCAGAAGGACCUAACCUUAGCCAUACUCAUUUUAUCUUAAUGUUAAAAUGGAGAGAAAUUAACAAAAGGUAAAUACUGACUGAAAAGGUCAUUCAAACCAAGAAAGACCUUGAUCCUUCAUUUAUUGGUAAACAUUGAUUAUAAUUAUAUAAUUAAUCCCCAAUGUCUCUCAUGGAACAAAUAAUAGUAUUAUAAAUAAAAUUAAUAAUAAAAAUAAAAAAGUCCAUGUUAAGGUGGAAAAAGGGGUCUAUCAUCAUCCAGGAAAAAGCACUAACGAGCCUAACCUAAUUUUAUCACCUUAACCGAACCAUUUCUAACUCUAACCCUACCUAACCUAGCCCAUCUUAAUCAUUUCUAACCUAACCCAAAUCUGACUAUGACCCUAACUUAGAUCCCUCCCUAACCCCAACCACAACCUAACAAUUAAAACUCAUAUUUGUAUUGUAAAGUGGUUCUGACCCCACAUCCGCGAUACCCAACUGCUAGUUGGAUGUUAAGACUAUAUGACAAAAAUUACUUUCCUUACUAAGAAAUAACGAGAUUUGUAGGUUUUAGUGUUACUUUGAGGAGUUAUUUGAACCUGCAUUCUCUAUAACGGUUAUACCUACCUAUUAUUAUUCUAAUUACAAAAAAAUCGUAAAAUUGAUUUGUAAGAAAUUCAGUAUGAAAAUUGGUCCUUUACCAUUCUCUCGGGGCAAUCAUAAUGACAAUUUGUUUCAUAAAAAAUGAAUGAUAUUAAAGAUGGUCACUUACAAAUGCCAUGAAUAAAAACAAUGGUUGUGACAAAGAACUUAUGUUAUUUGCUCUUUUUAUUUUAUCUCUUUAUAUUUGAAUAUUACUUUCCUUAGUUAUUUCAUAGUUGUGAUAUUUUGGAUUGUAAAUUUUUUUAAUAAAAUGUAUUUUCGUAGUUUCA